GAUAAUAACGAGGAGCGGUAGGUCUACAACUACAAUAUUACUGGCAUCCAAUAAUAUAACGAGCUAGUGGAAAAAAGAACCAAGGAGAAGUGUAUAGAAAUGGUAGGAUCGUAGUUGGUUACAGUGCGUUUUUCAUUGUGCUCGUCAUACGCAAACUCCGUACUCGCGUUCUCUUUCUCUACUCUGUGCCGUUACCGUACCAGUGUCCCAUUUCGGUGCGCGUUCGAAACGUCCGGCAGAGGCCAACCGCAGCGACGCCGCCGACGAUUGCUCGCUCUCGCUCACUUGCCAACGACACGGUGUUUUUUUUUUUCCCCGUGACGAUUUCCCGUCCUUGUUCUGUGUGCGGUGUGUUGUCUUUACCGAUGGCGCGUAUUACGUUUGGCGACGACGACGACAAUUAAUUAAUUGGUUCUAUUUAUUCUUCGGAGCGCUCUCGCACGACGCGACGGCCGCCGAUCGUUUUUCUUUCUCUUCGGUUUUUUUCCUCGCUAAAACGCGUACCCUCCACACACACCGAAAACAAAAAUGUUCGGCCAUAAACACUCUUGACACAUCUCGGGUAUCCGUCGAUCGUUUUUGCAACCGAGACGGGCCGCGGCACACCAUACUAAUUCAUUCUCACCUUUUAUUUUGUUUUUUUUUUCAUCUCGUUUUACUGUCGUAAUUUAAUCAUUAACUUAUAUCCGUACGCGUUCAAACAUAUAAUAUUAAACUACUAUCCCGUGAAAAACCAAAAUUAAAAUUGUCGAAAUAUGGGAAAUCACAACAGUUUCAAUAUAAACCACAAAGAACAAUUGCACUCGGCCAGGAUUAAUUCCCUUAACAAGGAUCCAACGCUGGGCAUGUUACCUAUGGAGAAACUUGGAAAGGUACUGCAAUGUUUUUAUUAUGUUCACCAAUUCCUCAUUAUCUAUUUAGCUAUUUUGAUAAGGUGUGGUUUAAUUUCAUGUCGUUUUGACUCUUGCCUUUGAUGAGAUUAAAAUAACAAUGAACAAUAAUAACUCGAUGUGCAUUUUUGAACGGAUAAAGUCAGUUUGUUUCAUGGAAUUUUUUUUAUUUAUUAAUAUUUUAAAGUAACCAACUAUUUCAUACCUAAGAUGAUGUCUGUUAUUAUUGGUACCUAGGUACUUUGUGUCAAAUUACUAAUUAGAUAAUAUUCCUAUAUUCACCUAUUUAUAUUUUCAAUAUCCACUUAAAUUUCUAAUUAGUACGAAUUCGUUUUUAUUUAAUAGAUACUCUCUAAAAUUGUGGAGAUACUUAGAUACCCAAAAUUUAAUUAAUGCAUUUUUCACAUAAAGAAAGAAGUACUAUCCAUUCCACUAGGGUUUUCUUCUCGAUAUCUAAGUAACUUAUAAAGGUAUUCACCACAUUACUAUAGCCAUAGGUACUAUACAAACUUAUAUUGUUAUUUAAAUUAAUUCAGGUACCUAUCUCUUGAUUGCCUCCAACUUCCCAGGGGAAACAUCACCUCAAGGAUAUUCAAGAUGCAUUUUUUCUUCAUUCUCAUGUAUAAUUUACAAUGAAAUUAUAUUUUUCCUGGUUAUUUUAUAUUCUAACUAACCCCAUUAGGACCAAAAGUCAGGGUGAAAUUGAUAUUGCAUAUAUAUAUAUGGUUUGAAUACGUAACGCUAUUAUUUUAUUUAGGUUAACAUCAGUUAAUGAUAAACAUCUUUAAAAAAGAGCUCAAUUUAAUACUGAGUUGUUUAAUUGUAUAGGUAUACCUAGUUAUAGAUGCUAAUCUCAAUUUAUUCUACCUACCUAGUUUGAGUAAAAUUUAACUUUUUACCCGUUUAAUUGGGCUUUUAUUGUUUAUCACUAAAAUACAUGCACAUAGAUCUUAAGUAGGUAUAUAGAAGGUAUAUAUCUUAGGUAGGUAGGUACUUUUAUAAAAUUUACUAUGCGGGUACUAUCAAAGGUACCUAUUAUCACUAACAUUAAUUAUUUAAAUUAAUUUUUGUAUUUGGUUUUAAUACGGUCUAUUAAUUACAGAAAACUUAAAAGACAAAGAUUUUCUUUAGCUAGGUACCCACUUUAGAAAAAAAUAGGUUACCUAUAAUUUAAAUAUCUACUUAAUAGUUAUGAAUAAAUAAGAUAAUAUGUAUUGCUUAUAAAUUAUAAUUUAAGAAACAUAUAAAUAGAUAUCUAAUCUAAUCUAGGGUAUAUAAAAUAAAAAAUUAUUAAUUAUGGAUGCUUCACUUCUGAGCACCUAUCUUAGAUCUGCACCUGGGUUUUAUCAUCUUUUAUAAAGGUAGAAUACUUCAAUGUUUUUAUUGUAUCUUAUAGUUACCUUAUACAGACUAAAUUGUACAUUGAAUGAUCACUGUUGGGCACAAGUCUUUUUCUCAUUAAUAAAUAAAUAAGAUGAUGAAUUUUAUAAAACAAUAAAUAAUACCUAUAAUCUCGCCUAGAAAAAUUCCCCAUAUUACCUACUAACUAAUGUUUAUUUAAUUACCUAGGUUUAUUUUUUAAUUGUUGCGGUAGUAAAUAUUAUAUUAUUAUAUAUACUUAUUAAUAUGUUUCACAGUGGGGUAGGGAUUAAUGUACCUAUUUAUAAUUGUGCUUAUAAUACUUAUAGAUUUAAGUUCAAAAGCAAUUUUAUGGUAACUCCCCGCCUAAAGUGUUUUGGAUCAUAAGGUCAGAACCAAAUAAAUGUAGUCAAAAAUAAUUAGGUAAUAUAAAAGUUUAGAUUAAAACUAUUUGGCGUUUCUUUUGAAUUUUUAAUAAGUACCUACUUUUUUUUUUGUAAACAAACCAUACAAAAACCAGUUAGUAAUACGAUAGUUACCUAUAUUUAAACAUAGAAUUUUAAAUAUAUAUUUUCCAUGGAAAAAAUAUUAGUACAACAAAAUAAAUUAUAAUUAUAUACUUCAUUUGUAUUAUUACAGUUACUGGUUCAAAAGAGUUUGGAAGAAGAUUCAAUUAAUGGAAUUGGUUGUGGAGUAUUUAAGGUAGGUACCUACUUAUUAAUUUUAUUUUAAUUUUGGUUUAUAUUUGUAAACAAACUGUAGUUCAAUCAAAUAAAUAAGUUCUGUUUUGACUAUAAUAAAACAUCUAAUUUUUAUAAUAUUUAGUUAGCUUUUAAACAUUAUUUUGAAUUGUAUUACACAAUUUGAUAUCUUUAAUAUUUAUUUUAACCGUGUAUAAUUCAAUAUUUUUUAAGCGAUACUUGUUCCCACAAUAUCCUGAGAUGGCUCGUAAACUUUUUGCAUUUCUGGUAACAUCUUCUGGUGGUCCUGCUUCUUCCCAUGUUAUUAGUUAUUCAAACUUUAAAGCCCAAACGGAGCGUUUGCUGAGUGUUUUGGCUGAUGACCGCCAAGUAUUGAUGUACGUCACGGUGAGCGAGUCUUAAUCAUUUUUUAUUUGUAGUUGAGAAUAAUAAAAUAAUUGGUAUAAUAUUAUGUAAGUGUUAAAAUAAAUUUUUUACUUAUAGAUCAACUAUAUUGAGUAUAGUAUGGUAUCUUAAUGAUUUCUUUAAACAAUUAAAAUAAAUCUUUGGAAUAGUUUGCAAAAUAUGUAUUCUCAUUCAUACUUCUGUAAAUGUCAAAAUAAAUACAAUUUAAUUUAGCCUUUAAUUUUCCAUUUAUUUUAAAUUAAAAUCCAAGCCAAUCAUAAACUAUUAAAAUGAGUAGCAAUAUAGUUGAUGCAGUAUUUUAAUUUAAACAUUGUUAUUUAAAUUGUUAUACAUAAAAUUUUUGUUUGGAAUUUUUUGUCAAAUAAUUAUAUAUUUUAUAUUUUUAUUUUUUCGAAAAUUAAUAACAGAUAGGUGCCCUUGAAAAUUUUAGUUAUCUAAUUUAACCUCUGUAUGCUUUAUUAUUCUAUUCGUCAAUGAUAAUAAACGAUUCAGUACCACCAGUUACUAGUUAGUAUCACACAGAUUUUUUUUUAUUUAACUCUUUAGAAAACUGAUAGUAGCUUACUAUCAUACUAUAUUAUCAUUUAUUUUGUUUUUUAGGAUCACGUUAUAAAAGCAUGAUCAUAGUAUUCUGUCCUGCCAAGUUUAAAUAUUACAUGAUUAGUAUUAAGUUAGUAAUUGUCAGAGAAAUUUAAUACCAUGAAACAUUAGGCAACAUAAAUCAUCAUUUCGACACGUUGCAUAAUUUAAUUUCCUAAUAGGCGCAAAAAUUAACUAAGAUUAAAACUGUUAAAUAACAACUGUAAUUAUAUGAAGUGGUAUCAAAUUAACUAUUAAGUUAACUAUAUAGUUUAAUUCUGUUUAUAAUAUCCACGGACACUUUAUGAUAAAAAUUAAAUAUUUAAUUUUUAAUUUUGACCUUAGCAAAGUGUAUUAUGUACAUAAGCUAUAAUAGUGGGUGUAUAUUUUUUUUUACAUAUUUCCGUAUAAGAAUUCACUAAAUCUUAUUCAUUCCAUUAUAAUGGAUUUAAUAUAUUCAUUUUUUGGUAUCUUUUAAAAACAAAAAAAGAAAUUGACAUUAAACUAAUUUUUUACAAUAGUGUAGUAAUUCAGAUAAUAAUUCUCAAAUUAAUGACUGGAUUAUUAUUCGAAAAACCAUCAUAUAAAUCAUAUGAAUCUCAAGUAAUUAUUCAAUAUUGUUUAAUUUUAGUUAUGAAAUUUUGAUGAAAAUGCAAUGCUGUUUUGAAUUUAUUAAUUCAACAAAAGUUAAUAAUUUUAAAAUUGAAUAUAAGUUCAUUCAUAUCGUAUCAUUAUAAUUAAAUUUUUCAAUAUCUCAAAAAUAAUAUUUUAUAUAUUCAGAUUUAAAUAAUAAUUUAUUUCUAUAAUUCCAUGAAAUUUUUAUAUUUUAUUAUCUAGUUAAUAUUUGUAUAAUUUAACAAACACAUUUAUCGUAAUUUAUUAUUUCUACCUAUCUAUUUGAUUUUUAUUAUUAUUAAUUUAUAUACAUAGGGCUCUACCCAAAAUGAUAUAUAAGUAGCUCUAAAUGGCUUAAUUGAUCUACCCCAAAACUGACUUAUAAAUAGCUACUAAUAUUACAUAUAUGUAUUAUUUUUAAUAUGAAUUUAAUUAAAAUAGGGAUGUAUAAUUUGAUAAUUAAAUUUGUCUUUAUUCAAAAAUAUUUGAAAAACUGUUAAGAUAUCUUUUAAAGUUAUUUCACUUGAAAAUAUAUUAAAUUGUUCAGUUAUUCAUGUAUAUAUAUAUUAUUUUAGAUAAUUUUUGAUUAUUUAUAGAUGAAAUAGAUCCAUAUUUAUUAUACCUACACAAUAUUUGAUUAACCUAUUUAGUUUUUUUGAAUUAAAUAAUUAUGUAUACAUUAUAUUGUUUUAUAUAAUUGUUUAAUAAAAAAAGUAUAUACCAGGUAAUAAUACUUGUUAAAACAAAUAUUUGUAUAAAUAUUAUAUUUAGUGGUCUAUUGUCUUCAGUGUAUAUUAUCAGAUUUUAUAAAAUUAUUAAAUAUUAAUAGCUUAAACAAAUAUAUCAGGACUUUGAUCUUGUAAGUCUACACAAGGUUAAAUAUGGAAUGUUCAGUAUUUAAUAUGUUUUGAUUAAAAACUUAUUAUCGGUGACUAUAUAAUAUUGUAGAAUUGGCAAAUUGCUUAAUAGUAUAUUAGUAGUAUAUCAUUGAAAUGUUGUCCAAUCAGCAGAUUUAUAUUGAUAUUAGUAAUGCUUUUUAUCAAUAACUUGAUUUAAUACUUGACAGUAUCAAUAUUGAAUGAAAAUUUAUACCUACUUUGGUUAACAUUGUAAACAUAAUUUUAUUAAGAAAUUCUUCUGUUAUUAUUUGUGUAUUACACAUAUACAUAUUAUUAUUAAUUGAUACUUGCAUAAUAUAUAUUAUUUGUAAUUAAUAUUCGUGGUUUUGAAAAGGUAAUUCAAUAAUACCAUAGUAAGUAAAUGAUUAUUAUCUUUCAUACAACUUUAUUAUCAUAACAAAAUUAGUUUUACACAAUUAUUUUUUCUUUUAAAAUUCAUAAUUUAUUAUUUAAUUUUUACAUGAUAAUGUACAGUUAUCCUUACUACAAGUAUAUAGCAAAUUUAUUAUUUGUAUAUUAUUUAUCAAACUCUCAUUACUGUGUUAAAUUUAGUUCUUAACAAAUUUAUUAUACAGGCUUUAUAAUUGGAUUAUCUCUUUGGAUUGUUUAUACAUAUUUAAUCUCCCCAUACAGUUUUUAAUAUAGUUUCAAUUUAAACUACUUACUUGAGAGCUAAUCAUUUGAAAAAUAUGAUUUAAAUUUCAAAAAAAAAAUAUUUUUUAAAUUUACAUCACACGCAUUAUGCAUUAUUAAAGCAACAAAAAAAAAACUCGUGCUAAUGUACCCUUGCCCUUGGUUUUUAAACACGUGUGAAAUGUUCAGUAAACAAUUAAUUUGUUGACAGCUGUGUAUAUUAUCAUAACCACUAUUAUACUAAGUAGUGCCAAUAAAUUUUUUAAUAAUAAAGUAGUUAAUUUACAGGAUGUGUGAUAAUUUAUGGUCUCCAAUUACUAACGUACAUUGUAAUAAAUGACAAAUAGGGAGUAUUAUGCUCUUUAGAACAAAAUAGUGUAUUAUAAUCUCUUCCUACACUGAAUAAAAGACUCAUUCCUAUAAUUAGUUUUGGUAAAAGUUGAAGCCUUUUUUAAUAAAACUUAAUCAUAAUACCUUAAAUGCCAAUAAACAUCAUAUUGAACUAUUUUUGAACUUGAUAUGUUAUUGAUAUUUUUAUAAAUGAUCACUAUACACUUGAUGAUUGAUAAUGGUCUUCUUUAACCAUACAACACCUUAAGAAUAUUCCUCUUUUUUUACUAUUUCUGGUUGUUAGAUGUAUGCUGAUGGAAAAGAAGAAAUUGAUCAAGAUCAAUUUCGGGAUCUACUAAUAGCUGUCUAUAAACUAGCAAUGGAUCACUAUCCUGAAGGGCCUCAAUCAUGUCGUUUUAUAUUUAAAACUGUUCAAUCAGUUGUUGACUCUGCAGUGAGUUUUUUUUAAAAAACUUAAUUGUACCUGCUUAUUUUUAUUAAUUUAAUUGGAUUUAAUUUUCAGUUUCAUAAAAAAUUAAUACUGAAAGUGGGUUAUUUAACUAAUUGGAUUCUACAACAUUGCCCACGUUUAAUUGUCUUACUUCAUCGGUAUAUUGUUCACAUUUUAUCAACCGGUUACAGAUCCGUUAUUGAAAAGUGUCCAUAUUCCAAACCUAAUGUAAGUAUAUAUUUUUAUAAUUAUUUUUUAUUUAGGGGAAACAAUAUAAUAAUUUUGACUAUUAUUCUAUUUUGUUAUUACCUCAUUAGGAAAACGAACCUAAUGUGAGUAAAGUUUACUGAAUUGUUUGUAAAUUACCUGUACAAUAAUUUUUUUUGUACUUCAUUGCAGGAUCUCGAAUUAACAACACCAGUUCUUGAAAAAGAAAAUGAGUUCAAAGCUGAAAAGAAUCCAUUAUUGCCAUUGUCUCAAGUGUGGAUAUUAUCUACAACAUUACCAGCAUUAUAUACUCAACCAAUUUUGCAUUCCAAACCAACACCAAAUUGUUUCAACACUCAAAACUUCUUAUCAAAAUUUGUAAGUUAUUAACUUAAAUUAUAUUAAAAUAUAUUGCAUGGGGAAAUUCAGAGUAAUUAUUAGUUUUAAUUGUAGUUGAGAAUUUAAAUUUUCUUUAGAUAUAUAAAAAUAUAUUAAAAUAAUAAAAGCUCAAAAUUAUUUAUUAUAUCUUUAUAAAACUAUACAGAGUCCACAUUACUUCACAUUACGAAGACUCAAAAAAUGUAAUAACUAAUAACUUUUAUUCUGUUUAAUAUGUAAAAAAAUUGUAUUUAUUUUUUUUAAUAACUACUAAAGCCUAUUUUAGAUUCAUAGCAUAGCAAGGGUUUACUAUGAUUUUUUUUAUUCUGUCAAUAAGUAACUUUUACACAGGCAAUUUUUGCUCUAAUCGAAAAAUUGCAUGAGAACUUUUUUGAUACAUUAUGAAUCUAGUUAGUGCAUUGGAGAAAUCAUUUUUUUUUGAUUUUCCAAGGGGUUUUCAUUUUAAGAACAAUGUAAUUGGUAACACAGUGGGGCGUCCUAAAUAUUUGCAGUUUUACCUAUAAGUUGUACAUGAUUUUUCCCAAUUAUAUUCAAAAUUCAUCAAAAAAGAUCAUUUGUUAUUUUUCGAUUGGAGCGAGUUUACUUUUCGAAAAGUUGUUUACAGACAAAAAAAAAUACAUAUGCAUAAUAAAAUCAAGUAAAAUUGAAUGCCAAUUAUAAAUAAUUAUUUUUAAUUCUAUGAUCUGGCCCAUUUGAUUUUAAAUAUCUACAAAUUGGCUCUUUAGUAACUUUGAGUUGUCCAUCUCUGCUAUUGAUAAUCAUAAAUUUAAAUUUAUUUAAAAAUAAAAAAUAAUCUAUUAGAUAUAAGAUUUUUUGAAACAACUUUGAGUUUAAAUAAAAUUUGAAUAAUUAAUUAUUUUGUAUAAUGUUCACUUUAACUGUGCUAAAUUGAAAGAAUUUCAUGUUUUUGAAAAUUUGUAUGAUGAGGUGUCAAUUUUGGUUUUAAAUUAGUGCACGGUAUGCACGAUAUGGCGCGGCAGAUCACGAGAUGCGACGCGUCGUGUUCUUGUUAAGCCGCGCUAAACAUUGCUUCUACUUAGGAUUGGUGGGUGAUCAAUGAUUGUCCGAGUAUUAAAGCGAUGUAUCCUCCCUUUAAGGUGUUGUAGGUAUGUAUACAUUGUAUGAUGUGAUUUUCGAAUUCAAUAAAAUAUAAAAAUAAAUAAAUACCUAAUAGAUGGUUUCAGAAUUAUUUGUACUAGGUAACCAGUAUUUUUUUGAAUUAUAAAGUGGCAUCAAAAUUGUAUUGUAUUUUGUUAAGUUUUGACUUUUAUGUUCCUUAAAGUGCUAUUAACAAUCAAAUUUGAUAAAUUAUUAAUUUAGUGUAAAACUUGAUAACACCUCUCGAUUUUUUGACCUCGGAAAACACUGUUUUGAUAUACUGUCAAGAUUCCUAACCUAGCGUGACGACCGUGACAUCAAGUUUUGGAAAUUGUGAAAUUCAUUCAAUAUCAAUAUAAGGAUUUUUUAAAGUCGAUCCACUUUUCAUUAAUCUAUGAGAAAAAAAAAUAUUUAACUGUCUGAAAAUGUAAAUACGUAUAAAAUUGAAGAUGUAUAACUUUUUGUAUGUAUCAAUCAUUUUUUUAAUAAAUUAAAAAAUACGGACAUAAUUCACACGAUGGGUAGGCUACUAUUUUAGGUGUGAAGUUGGGUAGGUAGUGGGGAAACUUAAUGUAUAUCUGUACACAACGAUUAAUCAUUUUUAACGAAAAACGAUUCUGAACGGAGUUUAGUUAAGGACAGGCUUAUACACCGCGGCGUUUUCCAACGGCCAAGCUAUUAAAGACGUAUCCGUCGAGCCCAUAGUUAUUAUAUCAAUAAUAUUAACAUAUUCAUUGCAAUCGAAUAGCACAAAUUAAUAAUAGACACUCAUCAAUCGAUCAUUUGUACUAGUCAGUAAUUAACUAUUGUUCGUAGGAGUAGGUUUGUCAUUAUGCCAAAAAUAUUUACUUAGACAUUUUGAUACUACUUAUCAAAUAUAAAAUAAUCUAACAUUUUUCUUUACCUAUAUUAAAAUUAACACAAUAUAGGUUAUACGUAAUGUAUGUAGGUACCUAUAUAUAAAAUAUUUAAUUUAUUUAUUAUUUAUUGAGUAGGUAAUUAAAUUGAAUAGAUAAAAUAUUGUAUUUAUAAAAUUAUGAUGUAAAUGCAGAGUUUUCCGUCACCAGUAUAGCCCAUUCUAAUUUAAAACAAUGUAACAAUAGGAAUUAGCGUUUUUAUUACUUCGGCGUUCGUCCGCCAAAAUGAAAGCAAACCGGCGUUUUCCGCCGUGGAUAAAAACGCGGCGUGGGGUUAAGUUAGGUUAGGUUACGAAACCUAACUAAUGCAUUUUGAAUUCGACGGAAAACGCCGCAGAGUACACAGCAUUCGAAACGAGGAGGAAUAUGCCGUGUAUAGCCCUAGCCUAAUAGUGUUGCUUCUUAAUAUUUACAAAUUUCAUCAAAAUUUGAUAUUGCUGCAAUUAUUUUUAAGAAAAAAUGUUUACAUUAAACUCAAAUUAUUCUUUUUUGACUACAUAGUACGACUUAUUAUGAAUCUUCUGUUAAAUUGUCUAUCAUUUUUGUUUGGUCUAACAUUUUUAUCCCUAGCGUACUUACCGAACAAAAAUUACGUAAAAUUAAAUAGCUCAAAAAUGGCUACGUUUUGAAAAUUUUUACAUCUAGAAAAGGAUAGGUUAGUAAUUUAAUUUUUCUGUCCAAACUUAACGUCAUUAAAAAUGUCUUUAACUGAAUAAAAACAAAACAAAAUAUAAAUAACAUUUAAAAAUGUACAUUUCGUACAUUUUCCGUUUUUCUCAUUUAUUAUGAAAACAGCUGGGAAAACCAUUAAUAAAUUAUUAACUACAUUUUCGUUGAUGAUCACGUUUCAUUAUAUUUCUUCAUUGAAGCAAAACAUUCAUCGCAAAUUCCUAAUUCGCGUGAAAGUUGAAUUAAAAUUUUACCUUUUAUAUUAAUCAGUGUUAGCUGAAUAUCGUAACUAAAAUAAUAAUAUGUAAAUUCGUAUUUAAAACAUGUGACUGACCGUUGGUAACCCUCUUUUUAAAACCAGUUUUAUUAACGGUAAAACGUGCAAAAAAAAUUCAAUAUUUUACGAUUGAAUAAUCGAUAAAUUAUUACCUGUACGUAUAUAGGUAUAUUGUAUGUAUAGGUAGUUGGUUAAAACUAAAUUCGUAACUCAAGAAUAGGUAAUAUCGAUUAUAACUAUAAUCUCUAAAAUCAUCCAAUCGUUUAUUUACCCACGAAAUAGUAAUAAUAUUGUGCUCUUUUGUAUACAAAUCGAUAGUUGAACAAUAUUGUGUUUUUUCACGAUUUUUGAAUUUACAAAUUGUAUUAAAUAAUGAGAAAACGGAAGUUAGAAAUUUGUCAUGCAUCGUUUAUUUCGGAAUUUUUUAAAAAAAAAAAAAAAAUCAACGCAAAAAUAUCUUAUUAACUAGGUACCAUUUAAAAAACGAUUCUUUUCAAAGAUCGGGCUUUAAAUUUAAAUACUCAAUUUUAGUCGUCUUUACAAGAUAAAUGAUAUUUUUGAGCGAAUGUUUAGAUUAAAAUAAUUGCGCUUUAGAACUCUCGGAAUUAUUUUCUGAAUGUGUAACUAUAUAAUAUUAACGUAAUUUAAAUUUUAAAAUACUAUAAUACACCACUAUCCUGUGACGAGGUAAGCGAAACUGAAUAGUUUACCCUCGCCUGUCUGCUGUUCUCAUUGUUUAAUUGAUAGUUGUUCGAUAAGAAUAGUUGUCGCAUCCGUAUUUGCUGUCCUUGAUAACACGCGUUUUAAAAUCCAUGUCCAUCAGGUAAAUCCAGUAGGUAGUUUGAUUCCUAGGUUAACAUUAUAGUGUAAUAAUAACAACAUUGUAUAUUGAUCUAUUACUUAUGUAUACUUGUAUAGGGGUAAUUAAUAUAUUGUUCAAUAUUUCCACGGGAAGUUCAAGAUUGUUGUAAUGAUUUGUUUUUAAACUUUUAUUAUUUUACAGGAAUCUAUAAGGAUACAAAUAUUUCAAUAUAAACGUGUUACGUUUAGAUGUUAAGUUACAAACAAAAAUGUUCCUAUCUCGUUACAUAUAUUAUUAUAGUCCUUAUUAAUCUGUACUAUAGGGGAUCUUCAUUUGUUCGAACUGAGUAAACUAAUAUUUCGAUAUAUUACGUGCUCGUAUAAGAUAUACGAGGACAACAAAUGCGGGUGUGACGGUUUUUUAAAAGUUUCCAUUUGCCAAGUAGGUAUAUGAUAAAAUCCUUGUACGUCUGUCGUAUCCGUCUAACUUCCCGGUCUCUCUGUUUUUCGUUUUCGUGAUAAUACAUACAUUACAAUCGUUCAGUUUAUUCUGUAAAACCAUUGUAGACUCUCGCGUUAAAUACCGUAAAAUAUAAAUGCAAUUGCCCUGUAGUAGAAAAUACUUGAAUCUCGUUUAUACACAUCUACAGAAACCUAAAAUCUAGCACGCAUCGAAAGUGUACUGUAAGUAGGUACUUGUAUACACUUAUUUGUACUCGACAUAUUUUAUUUUAUUAAUAUAAACAAAAAUAGUAUAUUAGAAUUUAUUCGAACAAUAUAGGUUAGAAAUAAAAUGUAUAAUAUUUAAAUAAGAAACUAUCGCUGUAAUUUAUAAAACAUAAAAUGUUACACAAUUCAAUGUCUCUACGUAAAAAAAUGAUCGUGGUCGUUAUAAUAUAAGGUCGCUUGCACUCUAUUCGUGGAACAUUAUUAAUAAAAAUAAUAAAUACUAUAUAUAAUUUCUGAGUUCAUAUUCCGUGUGUUCCUGAAUCAAUCUGAUAGGAAAUAGAAUCUGAUUGGGCGAAUAAACGAAUGACUGUCUCGUGGUGGCCGCUCAGUUAAUUUAAGAACAUUAUUUUCUUAUUAUUUUUUUUUUUUUUCUGUAAACUCUUCUCAAUUAGAUACCUAAUAAAUAAUAUAUUACGUAACAGUUCAUUUUCAAAGAAAUUUAUAUCUCUGUACCAUUUUGUUCAAACAAAUUACCUAUAGUGUUAAUUUUUUUUUCUCUUUGUACAAAACAAAUAAUUGAUACACUAAAUAUUUAAAAUGUGAUAAGUCACGAUGAUUAAAAUAUGACUCACUAUGAAUCGUAAUAAUUAUAAGUAUUUUAUAUUACAUUUAACAAAGUCGUUCAUUAGAUUUUUAUUUAGAUUCUCUGCGAAGCGAUGAAUCUAGGUUUUGGUUUUAUUAUGAUAAUAUGUGAUACUUUAUUUUUUAUUUUUUGUGUCUGUAAAACACUUCUACCAGAAAUCUUGCUCCAAUCAAAAAAACGGCAAGAGUGCUUUUUGUAGAAUUUAGGAUCUAAUUGGUGUAUUGAAAUUACUAUUCUAUGUACGCAACGAUAAAUCAUUGUUAACGAAAUACGAUUCUAAGAAGUUCGAAUAAACAUGCGUUUUGAAAUGCAGUAGUUUUAAACAAUUUUCGUCAACAUUUGAACUUAAAACGCGUCUAUAAAAACGAUUACUUUAAGGUAAACUUUUUUUUGAAUCUAGUAAAUUGUAAUUAUUUCUGAUUUUCCCAAAUAUUUUUUUCCGCCGUAAAACUAAAUAAUAAAACAAAAUCCAAAAAUAUCGAUUACUAUAAGUAGCUCAAAAAUCGCCAGAAUAUUUUAAAAUUUUAAAUUCGUAAAUAAUGAAACCGUUAUUUUUAUAGACUUUCCGGUUUUGUCUUACUUUUUUCCAAGUAUUAAGAAAACUACAAGGAAAAUCAAAAACGACCUCCAUAUGCCCUAACUAAGCAAAAUUUUCUUUCAGAAAAAAUGCAAGAUUUCUAGUAGAAUAGUAAAAUCGAAUAUAGUAAAACUUUUACUACCUACCUCGAAUAAUUGGUCCGUUUUGGUUUUUCCAAUUGUUAUAAAAAGUGUUUGAAAAAUUAUUAAAAGAACCCCCAUAAUGUAACAGCUAGAUCAAAAUUUUGUUAUAAAGUUUCAAUAACAAAAAUUCGCGCACAAAUAAAACCAAUAUAAUAUUUCUCUCUCUGUUCAGGAUCUGCAAUCGUACUUUACUAAAUAAAUUGAAGCGAUGAUCAUGUGUUCAUAUGGACGUUCUGAAACAAGAAUAACUUUUUCGGCCACUGGAAGAAUGUGUCUUUCGGCAACUUUGGAUAAUUAGAUAUUAAAAUAAUUAAAUAAUUAAUUUGUUUCCGAAAUACUUACAAUCUUAAAUGUUAAUUUUUAUUUUCAUCAUCGGGUUUUCUUGGACAACAGUUUUAAAAAAAAAAAAAGGAAUACGAAUCAAUGUUAAAACUUGAAUUCCCAACUUUACACUUGCAUCGAUAUUUGUUUUUAAUUUAUCAUUACAUUCUGGAUCUACCCUAAAUUUGACGCACUUGCAAGUGCAAUGUUUCCCAACCUUUUUUGACAUUGACAUAAAACAGCAGGAACAUUUAAAUAAGCUAAUGAAACUCGUUAAAUUUUUAUCUGACCAAACGCAGAAAAUAUCGUAGGUACGUAAAAGUAUAUUUUCCAAAAGCCAAUGUAUCCGAGUGGUUCUAAUAAUCGUGUUUUGACUCUUCAAAUAAAAUAGUAAGAAAAAUUAUAAUAAUAAAAUUAUCACCUUACUAGUUAUACCUUCUAUUGAUCUUAUAAAUAUAUCAAAAGAUAAUAUUUGGCUCUCUUCGAUUUUUAUAUUUGUCGAUUAUACGUAUUAUGGUUUUAUUUUACCUAAUAUAUAUAUAAUAUGCAAUGAGUAAAUAGUAAAAUUAAACUUUAAUUUAAAUCUUUUUGAAAAAAAUAAUACAUAGGUGUCAGACCGUAUGUAAUAUAUUUUAUUGUUUCAUUUUUUUCGUGGCUUGCUAAUGAUUUUUUAACAAGACAAAUUGUUCAUUUAACCCCCUUAUAUACUAUUAUUAUAUUUCAAGGAUUUUAAGGUUUGUUUCGUGAUUUAUUUACUAAAGUACAUUUCGUAAUAAUACACAUAUAAUAAUAGAAAGUAGUGAAUAUUAAAAAGUAUACGUGUAAAAUGUACACAUACAGGGUGGUCGAUUUUACGCAAUACACUGACUAAUUUAUCUCGGAAAAUUUUUUUGGAAUAACCAUAUUGGUGGAUUCAAAUUACUUGCAAGUUUUAGUUCUUUAACAUUUUACAUUAGCCAAGCAAGUUUUUUGUCAUUCCUCAUGUUUCACAGUGAAACCAUUGUCGACUUUUGAUUUUAAAAUUACGCGUCUUGUAAACAAACAAAAGUCUAUACAUUUUUAAUUGAAAUAAAUUAUUGAAAUUUUUAAUUUUGAUCGGUAUUCCGAUUUCUAAUUUGGUCUUUUUGAAAUAUACAGUUUUAUUCUUUUUAAAAACCCAAAAUUCCUUUUGUAUUGCUCAUUUAUGUUCAAAUUGAAUAAUAAUAAUCAGUAAUUAGCCUAAUUAAGAUGGUCUAAUUAUUAACUACCUAGAUGUAAAAUAAUACCAUUGAUUAUAAACCAUUUAAGUACUAAUUAUAAAUAAUGAUAAUAUCAAGACACUACCGCACAGAUAAACAAGAAAACAAUAUUCACUAUUCAAAAAUUUGAAGAGCUACAUUAAGCUACGGGUCAGUGAAAUUUAAAUCUAUAAACAAAAUUAUAUUACUAAAAUAAUAAUAAUAAUAAUUGUACAUGAUAUUACAAAUAGGUAUGAGUUGCCAUUUGAAAAUAAAAAGUAUUUAUAACACUUAUUAUGUAAAUAAUAAAUACCUAUGCAAUCAUUCUUAAUAUUUAAAAUUCCUCCAAAAAACAAAAAAAAAAUUAAUAUAAUAAGCUUAUUUUACAAAAAAUCGACUACCAUAUAUAUAUAUAUAUAUUUGAACUCUGUAAUUUUGACAAAAUGUACAAGUAUGGUAUCUUAUGUAGGUAUUUUAUAAUAUUAUAAAUUAUACUAUAAAAAUAUAUACCUAUAUUAAUAAAUAAAUAAAUGAAUGUGACACCUGAAGUAUUAUGAUAUGUGUUUCGAAUUAAAAAUUCAUCCUCAGAUAAAAUUACAAAAUCAAAAAGUAAACCGCGACUAUUUAUACUUAAAUAAAAUAAAUGAAGGAAUACAUAGAGAAAAGAUUAUUUAUAUUUCUUAACAUAUCUAUGUCUAAUUAAUAACUCAUUUUAAAUAAUCUCUCUUAUUAAAAUAAAUUAUUUCUAUGCAAAACAAACAAUUUGAAUAAUUUUACUUAUUUAUUUAUAUAUAUUUAUUUACGAAUAUUAACCAUUUUAUAAUUUUUUAAAAGAUAUAUUUUGAAUAAUGAAACUUAGUAAGCCAGUUAUAAAUGUGACCAUGAUACAUUAUUGAGCUGUUAAGGUCAAUGUCGACUGUCCUUGACGAGUAAAUGUAAAUCCAUAUAGACACAGAUGAUUUUCCGAUGACGGUUUUCAUUUUAUUUAAACAAUAAUUAUUUUCUGCUUACGUUGAAAUAAAAAAAAUUUGGUGUACAAUAUUAUAUUUAUUGUAUUCAGAUGAACCAGGUAUCUUAAUAUUUUUGAAUACAAUGAAUAUUUAAAAGACAAUAAUAUAGACUAUAUUUUAACAAAUUUCCUCUAACAUUUACCAAAGGUAAUAUUAGUUAUUGAUUUUUUCUGUUGCUUUGGAUUUCAAAAAAACAUUUUAUAGUGUGACUGUGUAAACACUAAACAGAUAUGUGUACAUAAUAUAUGACCAGAUGCAUUAAUAUGUAGCCGGCAAGAUAAGCUAUAUCUAGACCUUUUACAUACUUGUCUAUUAUUACUCAUCUAUUACAUGUCUAUUCUUAUAAAAAUACAUUUCUACAGACAAUAUUUAUAUAAAUGUACUUAUAAUGUAAACAUUUUUAUAACACAAUACUGUAAUUGAAUUGUAAUAAUUUUAAUUAAAUUUUUUAUUGACUUUUUAAUAAAUUGUUUGAUUUAAGUACAAUAUUAAUAUUGUUAUUAAAGACUUUAACACUUUUAAAUCUUUCAAUUUAAUCAUCUGUAUUUAUUUACUUAUAACAACAUGAUUAAUAUUUUAUGAAUAGUAAUAAGUAGUAAUUGAGCUACAUUAAGUGAUGAACAAACUGAAAUCAAAGUUAGUGAACAUUUUAAGUUGGUAUAAAACAUGUUUUGUUUCUUAUGUGACAAUAAAUAUAAUAUGUAGAACUAAUUAUAUUUAACUAAUUUUAUGAACAAGCAUUUAAAUUAAAAAGCUUAAACUAUUAAUUAAUAAUCAGUAUCCAUCUAAAUGUAGUAGUACAAAAAAUAACUGCACAUUUUUUUCACAGCAUACACUAUCUACUUUUUAAAAUAAUUCAUACUUAUUACCCUGGAAAAUCCACUAAUUAAGAUGGUCUAUAUUUUUCAAUUUAAAGUUAUUAAAAUAACUUUUAAUAUAUAUUCAUAAACCCUAAAAGUAGUUUUCUUGAUUAAGCUUAUUUAAUUUCUUUAGUGCUUUAAUCAGUUUUUCAUUGAAAAUUUCAAAAUUGUAUUAUUGAUAAUUUUGUCACUUCUUCAAUAAUAGUUAAGUAUAAUAACAGUUUAAGUUAAAUACAAUAUUUCCAUAAUAUACUCAUCAUUAUACUUUUCUGUACAAUUUUGAAAUCGAUUAAUUGAUUGAUAGAUUGAUUUUGAAAUCGGGUUGAUAAAUGUGUGUAAAAAAAUUGAAAUACAUAAAAAGAAAUAUAUAUAUGUAUACUAUUACAGAUUAAAAUUAUUUUGUGUGUAUCUUAAUAGAUUUAGAAUAUAAACAUUAAAUUAACUGUCUUAAUAACAUAAAUCAAAGUUUUAAUAUUCUAAUUUUUGUAUUCAAUUAAUUUCCUGUGUAAUCUAAUAAUUGUUGAGUUGUACACUAUUUAAGUGGUUCUUUAUAUACCUAGAUAAAACAAAAAAAAAAAAAUUAGUUCUUACAAUUAGUGGAUCCACUUACAAAAACUCUGUGCAUUUUAAAUAUUUUAUUUUAAACAAUUUAAAAUCAAUACAAGUUUUCUACAAUAUGUAGAUAUAUUGAAAACUACUAAAUCCUUAAAGUAAACUAAUCUCUGUUUAAAACUGUUAAUCAAGUUACGUUAUAUUAUAUUUUCUUUUAACUUAAAAAUAAUAAAACACUCUAUGAUGUGUGAAACUAGUGUCAAACAUUCAGUAGAAGUCCGUAUCCAAAUUCCUUGUACACACAACCUAUUUUUUACUGUUAUAACUGAACCUCGAUAAAUAAUAAUACAUGUUUUAUUCUCGGGACAAACAAUAUUUUAAAAGUGAAAAUAUUAUAAAGUAGUAACUAAAAAAGGUGUGGCUGAUGAACAAACAUGUCAGUUUGUCAACACUUGUGUUGUUUAGAUAUUAUAUAAAGUAUAGUGUGUAGGUACUGUGUAGUAUUUUUGAUUGAUGGGAGAGAAACCAAUUGUAUUUUAUAAAUAAACAAGCACAAAUAAAUAAUGAAGACAUAUUUUAGUCAAAUGUGGGUCAUAUUCAUACUCUACUGUUGUUUUCCUUAAAAUUGUACAAAGUACAUUUAUGUAAAUCAACAAAAUAGUAUUAUUUACUUUUUUUUUCCAAGGCGACUUGUGUCAUUUUAAUCAUUAGAUAAAUUAAUUCUUGUUGUGUAUACUCUUUAGAAUAGAUUAUAAUAUAUAUAAUUGAUUACCUAUUUGAAAGAGAGCUAAUAUUUAGUUGCAAUUUCAUCAUACAUUAUUUUAGUCAUGUUCUAAAAGACACUAGUAGUAUGAUAAUAAUAAUUAGAGGGUAUUAAAUUUGUGAAGUAAAAUAUUUAUCAAGUAUAAUUCAAGAUCAAAUGGUGUUAAUUAUUGAACGCUAGAAUACAAAAUUAAAUGUAAAAUAAUGGGUGAUGCGUGUUUUUAGGGUUUUUAAUUGGCACCACUUUAUAAAUUAUAAUAAUACAUUGGUGGGUAACUUAACUAGUAGUUAAACAUGUGAAUAGGGUCACCGCCCAAAGUAAACUUGUUCAUUAUAAUCAAUAUAAUUCAAUUUAAUAGGAAAUAAAAUGUAUAAAAUUAGUAUUAGUUGAGUAGUUGGGUAAUUAGGUAUUAUUUAAAUUGGUAAUAGAAAACAAGCUGAAAGCAUCCGAGCUUUUAUGUUUUAUAUUUCUAUUACAGUUGGACUUUUCUUGUCCAUCACAUUGGACACUAUUGUACAACAGCAAUCAACAUGGUAUCGGAAGUAAUAGGUAAUUAUUUCUAAGUAACUAUAAUAUAAUAUAAUUUUUAUUACCAUUUAAAAGUGUGUUCUUGUGCUUCCCACGUGAAUGUUUUAUAAAUUCCGUGUGGCUGCGUUACAAGAUAACUGAGAAAUAUAAACUUUUUUUUUUUUGGUUUUUUUUGUUUUUUUUUUUACUAUAUAUAUACAGAUUUUUACAUCACGUGUUAAGUUAUCGAGGACCAACAUUAACGUUCUUGCGAGGUGAUGAGGGUGUUUUGUUUUGCAUGGGAGCCACGUCUGAAUGGCGAGAGUCACACCAGUAUUGGGGUGGAGAUGAUACUAUCAUUUUAGAAUUAUUACCACAUUACAAAGUAAUUAACCGUAAGUAUUACAACACAGUAUCAUCAACAAACUCCUUUAUGAGCUUCGAAAUAAUUAUUCUUGUUCAUAUUGGUUCUAUGGCCUUUAAAAUUAAUUUCAAUCUUUUAAAUUGAUUGAUUGAUUGAUUUUUUUUUUUUUUUUUUUAAGGUGGUCCAAAGUCCAUGUAUCUGAACACAUCCAUCCGAGGGUAUCCAAAAGGUAUCAGAGCCGGUAGUGACCCAAGAAAACCAUCUAUCCAAGUUGAUGAAUCUUUCCAACAUGUUGAACAUUGUGGGAUACCGUACAAGUUAGAGAGUGUUGAAGUUUGGGGAUGUGGUACACCUACAAAUAGGUAUAAUCAUAUUUCCAUCUCAUAUAUUUUUCUACUAGUGCAUAAACAUUUGGCCAAUAUAAUGGUUGAAAUAUUAUUUUAAUUAAAAUUAUAGGGAAGUACAAUUGGAUAUAAAGAAUUGGCAAAUCAAAGAGGCAGAGAAGAAUCGUAAAUUAAAAUUAACAUCAAAAGAAUGGCUAGAUCACCCAGAUAGAUACUUAUUGGAAUUAGCAGGACGACAAACAUAUUCAACAUAAUAAAAACAGCAGUUAAAUCAGAUUGUUCAAUGUUUUUUUUCAGUCAUCGUGUAAUAUUUUUGUAUGUGUACAUAGGAUAUUUUUUUAACUAAAUUUCAAACUCGUUAAUACUUUAAUUUCUCGACGUACUUACAGUUCCAAGAGUAUUAUUUUAUCAGUAUUAACCGGAUAUCAAAAUAAUUUAUACUGUGAAUUAAGCUUCUUGAAAAAAUUGACCAUAGUUUCAACUAUAAAUAAUUAAACUAAUAUAAAAAAAAAAAAGGUUAAAUUGUUAAAAGUUGAAAUAAAUCUCUAUAUUAUUUAUAAUUAUUUUUUUAUAAUAAAAGUAUUUAAUAUUGUGUCAUCUAGUUUAAUGAAUAAACAAUAUUUUGUUUAAUUUUGAAUUUGAGUUGAAUUCAAUUUAACUCUUACAUUUUAAAUAUCCCAUCCCCAAACAAUUUACAAAAGUUUUAAUAUAAAAUUAGACUCAUUAUUUUCUAUUAAUAUUGAAUUUGAUAUACAAUUUUCUUUCUUCUUAUCAAAUGUAAAGGUUAAAAAUUUUAUUUUAUUAAACCAAAAUUUUUUUUUGUCAAGUGAUAAAUCUGUGAUGUAAUAUUAAAGCUCAUUUAAUGAUCGUUUAAGCAAUUUUUAUUAAAUUACUGACGAAUUUAAAAGCAAGUCUGAGGGAUUUUCAAUCUCAAAAAUGUAUUUGAAGAGCUAUAAAAAAAAAUCUAUUUUUUGUAAUGUAUUCUUGUGAAUUAAUUUUUUUUUGUGUUUAUUUAUAUAAAAAUAUUAAAACGUAAGAAAAUACUUGUAUAUUUAUUUUGUAUGGUGUGUAAACUCGUGUUUAUAAAAAUAUAUUUUGGAGAUAAAUAUAAGAUGAAUAUUUAUUUACAACUCUUUUUCACUCAUAAUUAUUAAAUCACUUUAUCAUAGAAAUUCUUAUUAUAUACAAACAUUUUUUUUUUUUUUUUUUAAAUAAUUUUAUUGUAAAAUUUUCAUUAUAAUCUUAUAACAAUACUUUUUGCAAUAAAAAACAAAAAAAG